CCACGUUCAUCCGCCACGGGGCCCGCGCUUUCUCCAGCUCCGACCGCGUGUCACGCGAGAUCUCCGGAAUCCCUCCAGUUCGCACGGAAAAUCUCUGGAAAAUCCCUGAAAAUCCCCGAAAAUCUCGGGAAAAUCCUUAAAAAUUCCUGUGAAUUUUCGUCGGACCUAGGACUCCUUAGUUUGUGGUCUGGGAUAUUGUCACCCGUCGCCCUUCACCCUUGUUUAUUGCGAAUUUUUUUCGAGAAGUGAUACGAUUUGAGUUGACACUUAAGUGUAGUUCGAGUGUGGUUUGGCCAAUUUUUUAAGUGGGAGUUUCAUCCCUCUCGGAUACUGUUGGAUUCUUUGAUAGUGUUCAGCGUGGAUUCAUAAAAGACAUUUUACUGAGUCUUCGAUCUGCGUCUCCCUUCGGCUUCACAGGAAUAUGAUAAAAAGUUUUCAGGAGUAUCGCUAGACAUGCACACGAGACGCUCAUAACUGAAACACAGCCGCCGACAUGGGGAAACGGAAUUCAAAACUUAAACAAGACACCAUCGAUAAGUUGAUGUUAGAUACAUACUUCUCAGAGAAAGAAAUCCGACAAUGGCACAAAGGAUUUCUAAAAGACUGCCCGAAUGGCCUUCUAACAGAAGAGGGCUUCAUCAAAAUUUACCGUCAAUUUUUCCCUCAAGGUGACCCCACCAAAUUCGCAUCCCUAGUGUUCAGAGUAUUCGAUGAAAAUAACGAUGGUUCGAUUGAAUUUGAAGAAUUUAUCAGAGCACUAUCCGUUACGUCAAGAGGGAAUCUCGAUGAAAAGCUCAAAUGGGCCUUCAGGCUGUACGAUGUUGACAAUGAUGGAUUCAUCACUCGAGAAGAAAUGUAUAAUAUUGUAGAUGCUAUUUAUCAAAUGGUGGGUCAACAGCCGCAGUCUGACGACGAUAACACGCCUCAGAGACGCGUGGACAAAAUCUUCGAUCAGAUGGACAAGAACCACGAUGACAAAUUGACACUGGAGGAAUUCCGAGAGGGGAGCAAAGCCGACCCCCGAAUCGUCCAGGCCCUGUCCCUGGGGGGCGAUCCCGCCUCCGCCGCAGCCGCCGCUGCCAACAGUGGGGGUGUCGAGCCCCGACUCAGUAAAUAACAACCCUCCACCCCUCACCUGACACCUGAACCUUUUCUCUUUUGUAAAUACUCUCGCAAAGCUUCUUUUCUAAUUUUUAAACACA